GAAAUAUCAUACUGCGGCCCAUUCAUUCAGCUCUUGCUCACAGUGCCUCGGUUUAAUUGCGCUGUUGUAACUGCAAGCAGUCAGUUCUGGAACAAUGUUUUGCAGAAUAGAAAAAUAAUGGAAAACUCUUUUUCACGGACUACGGGACGAUAGCCAAGGUGGAACGCUGCAAUAUGGAUGGCACCAACCGAACCAGGAUAGUAGAGUAUAAAACCGAACAGCCAACCGCCGUGACACUGGACUUGGUGAGGAAGCUCGUCUAUUGGGCGGACGCUUAUCUGGAUUUUAUCGAAGUCGUGGAUUACAACGGCAAGAACAGACACGCGAUCAUCCAAGGAAACACGGUGUCGCACCUGUACGGAUUAGCGCUCUUUGAAGAUUACCUGUUUGCGACGUGCUCUGAACCCUCCAGAGAGAGCAAGGUGGACAUAUUUAGGAUAAAUCGCUUUAACAGCAGUGACACAAACACCGUUACCACUUUGGAAAGUGCCAGAGCUGUCCGAGUUUAUCACAGAUUGGCUCAACCUACAG